GGUAAAGAACAAGAAGAAGAAUCGGGUUUCGCCAGCACCUAGCCGGUAUCAGUCUAAUCAGUCUUGAGUUAUCUUGCAAAAAGAGCAGUUGAAUUUUUUCGCCCCUACCAUCAUCAUCAACUCGGGAGGAGACCGGAUCGCCAAAUAAAAUCAACCGAAGAUGUUCAAGUCGCACCUGGAAAUGAUCGGCAGCUACGAGCCCAUCAGCAAGAAGGCUCGUUUCUUCAACACCUACCUGAAGUCCCUGAAGGGUUCCCAGGACAUCGUCGCCAAGGAGAAGCGUAACUACGCCUCCUCGAUCGAAACCGGCAGCAUCUACUCGGACUCGUCCAAGUUCGCCGUUGAGCGCAUCCACGCCCCCGGCUACCACUACAACCCGGUCAGCAAGGACACCUAUGGCGUCACCCCGAGGAAGAUCAACACCCGCGACUUUGCUGUACGUCGUUAAAUCGACCCCCAGUCGAGUGAACAGCCCGGAAUUAGGCUAGAACGUAAUCGAACGUAAAACUUGAACAACAACAACAUCAGCAGCAACAUCAACAAAACCUACCAUCGACAGCAGGUCCAUCAAAGGAUGUUCGAACACCGAAAAGACGACGGUAGAGAAUGGUCCUAACGAUGUGACCUUUAUUUGGCGACCUCCCUCACAUAAAUGAAAACAAAAAUAAUAAUAAUAACACAGCCAAAUUCGAGCUUGCUGACAGACAGCAACAGCAAUGCAAAAGCAACAACAACAACAACGUUACAAGACAAGACAACUUCAAGACCAAACAUUGUUUUGAACGGACAUAAACAAACGGUUAUGUCUCUCUUUUUUGAUAAACAAAACAUUAAUAUUUUUGUUACGUUUUUUGGAAUUUUGAUUUGUUGAAAACGAAAUUUGUAAACAACGAUGACAACUAACGUCAAUCAAUCGACCAACUGUUCUACAAAAGAAACAGACAUAACUCAACAUACACACAUACACACAAAAAAAAAUAACCACAAAGACUCCAUCUAGAAUGACAUCGAAAGACAACUUAAGCAGUGUAGUUUAAGAAAAAAAAUUGAAGCAGAUGAAGUUUGAAAAAAAAAAUUCUAUUUCAAUUGAAAAUUUAUUUCAGUCAAUUAUAGCGAAAGCAACAACAACAUCGAGAAUCGUUUAAAAUCAUAUUUAUUUACAAUGCAAUGAUGAUAAAGAUAAUGUUUUAGUGGUAGCUCCUCUCCAAGAAAUAAAAUAAUUACAUUUUAAGUAAAGAAGAAGAAGAACAACAAUAACAACAACAAAAACAACAUCGAAAACAACAUCAAACUAUGGCGACAUUAGAAUCCAAACUAAAUUGCUAAAAUAGCUAAGGAAAUGAUGACAACGUGAAAACGCAUCAAGAAUUUAAUUUGUAUAGAAGUUAACGGUAAAAUGGUAAAAAGAAACACAAACGGUUUCAAAGGCUUGAAACUCUAUGCUUUGAAGGUGUGCAAAACAAAAGAAAUAAAAAUAUGGUAACCCGAACCAAAAAAAUAGAAAAAUAUUGUUAGCGAAAAUGAAAAAGCGUAAAUAAAAAUGUAACACUUAUCAGUCAUAUUACUUUUAAUUUAAUUUAAAAAAAAUAACGGAAGCACAGGAUUCUAGCUUGAAGAAACCAGAAAAAAACGUCUAUGAAACAUACAACUUUACCCUUAGUCAGUAGAGGUUAUUGAAAGAAACCAUAAAUGAAUAAAAAAUGAUUUACUUGUACUAUGUUUAAGGUAGCACGCAGAGAAACUUGUAAACAGAGAUUAGCAUUAAAACAAACUCUUGUAAACUAUUUAUAAAUCGUGAAAAAAUAAUCAACCAAAAAAAGGAACGAAACCCUGGAAGUGGAAGAUAUUUAAAAUAAUAAUUGUCUAUAUUUUUUCUGUUUUUUUAAUAAGUUUUAAACUGUGUAACAAUUUGAUAUGAGUAGUAGAGAUUUAACGCAGAACAACCAAAACCAAACACAAGCAAAACCAAGACGAAUAAUCAAAUAAAACAAAAAUGGAAGCGUAAAAAAGAUCCGAGAAAAUGAAAACACCGCAAGCAGCCCGCAAACGGACACUAAAAGCACGUUUCCACCGAUGAUGUGAAGGUUUGUGGGUGUGCGUGUUUUCCAUUUUUUUUAAUUUAAAUUUUUGUUAGCAACAAUCUGUACUCAAGGCUGUAAACUAUGACAACAACUUAGAGAAAGAAGAAAACGAGUUGAAUAAAAAGACCGAUAAAAGGCGAAAACAACAACAAAAAAAAAAAACAAAA